UGUGACGUCACUCCAGAGACGCAAGCAGAUGUAUCAACAAUGGCAGACCAGAACAUUUCAAAAUAAGAGAUAGAUUCAUCGAAGAAAGAUGGCUUCGGAGAAGACUCCGGCUUUGCUAAUUCCUACAAAGAAAUUCGACGAAAAAAAUCCCAAAGAUAAAGCUUGCUCUAAAUCGUUCCUCAGCUGGGUCCUAGCAGCUAUUCUCAUUGCUUUAAUCGUAGCUUUGUGCGUCCAGUUCUGGUUUCCUAUCGCCGAAAAAAGAAGAAUAGAGGACAUUGACACCAUUCAUGUGUUUCAAGGCACCCCCAUAGAAAUUCAUCCUUGGCGCAAGGAAGAGGAUAAAAAGCAGUCGAAAGAUGAGAUUAAUCCCCAAUGGCAUCUUGAUUUCUUAAUCAAUCCCACAAGGCUCUGUGACACUCGCCAUCCUCCGGAUUCAGAAGCCUACCGACAGGAUCCUGAAGUGAGACUUCUGGUGCUGGUACCAUCUGCCACCGGUCACUUCGAGCAGAGGAAGACCAUCAGAAGGACAUGGGGAUCCACCGCCAAUUUACCGCACGGUCCCAUGCGCCUCGGUUUCGUCCUGGGCACCACCUCCAAUGCCACUGAGGAAACUCUGAUCAUGCACGAGAGUGAAGCCAACGGUGACAUCAUCCAGGCGGAUUUUCAAGAUACUUUCCGCAACCUCACCACCAAGAGCGUCCUAAUGCUCAAGUGGGUCUCCAAGCACUGCCCCCACGCCCAGUACUUCUUGAAGGCGGAUGAUGACACUUUCGUCAAUCUGAACGUUCUAACCGAUCUCCUGAAGAGUCCACCCUUCUCAGAGGAAGACAAAUUUAUUGGGGGAUAUAUCCAUCGAGGGGCUCAACCGUCUAGAUCUCCAAACGAGAAAUAUUAUGUAUCCGAGGAUGAUUAUCCUGACAAAGAAUAUCCCCCGUAUGCCUCUGGAGCAGCAUAUGUCACGACAGGACCCACUGCAACUGAGCUCUUCCAUGCGGCAAAGAACGUGAAACCAUUCCUUCCCAUGGAGGACGUCUUCGUCACUGGGCUCUGCGCCGAUGACAUUGCGGCCACUCUACUACAUGAACCAAGCUUCAAGUACAUCGAUCCACCGGAUCCGCUUAAUUGGAGUCACUACAGCUCCAUAGCCACAGCCCACAGCGUCACACCUGAUGACAUGGAACAACUGUGGAACCAAAUGACCAGGCAUAUCUUUGACAUCUUCGACUUCCCUGAUAGUAUGUCCAGUUCUGAUUCAUCAGAAUGGUUCGACAGAUCUAUAUUAGAUCUCUUCGAUUGGUCAAAAGAUAGCCAAGCCAGCUCCAGUUAUUCUCGGGAAUUCCAUAACAUUCUUGAUAAGUUCAACUCACCAGAAAUCAUGGCUGAAGCUCUCAACUGGGAAUCAAACGAAAUAAAUACUGAAUCAUACAAGGACAAAGGCGCCUCUCCAAGUCAGAAAAAACCAAGCUUAUUGAGCAACUUAUUUCCAAUGUUGGCAAACAGCCAAGAAAGUCCUUUCAGAAGUAAAGAAAGUCAAACCAGUGACCCCAUGAACUGGCCCCUGUUCCCGUUUUUGCCAUUUUUGGACAAACCAGCGAGUCCAAAUGUCAACAUCACGUACUACUUCUUUAAAUAAAAAAAAAACUAUUAAUAUGUACGUGAUUGUACUCACAAGUUUAUAUGUAGACAUACAGAUUUAUAUUACGUGAUCGAAUAUUUCGUAUAAUUACAUUAGUGUAUCUGCGUCUGUAUUUUUGGUUGUAAAUCUAAUUUUACUAGUUUUGUUUCGAAAUAAAUACACUUUUGUAUAUA